AUCUGGCUCUGGCAGCACUGGGAAUGGGAAGAUCCCGAAUUUCCCCCUCCAGCCGCUGCCUGCUGCUGCUGCUGGCCGGGCUGAGCUGGGCGCAGCACCAGCCCUGGCCUCACCUGCCCGGCUCCCCCGAGGCGCCCGCGCAGGUGUUCCAGCCGCCCCCCAGAGCUCCAGAUGUGCCCAGGAUCCAGCUGCGCCUGGCCGGCCACAAGAGGAGGCACAACGAGGGCAGGCUGGAGGUGUUCUACGGCCGAGAGUGGGGCACCGUGUGCGACGACGACUUCUCCAUCCACGCCGCCCACGUGGUGUGCCGGGAGCUGGGCUACGUGGAGGCCGUGUCCUGGCUGCCCGGCUCCAAGUAUGGGAAAGGAGAAGGGAAAAUCUGGCUGGACAACGUGCACUGCACGGGCCAGGAGAGCAGCCUGGCCGCCUGUGGCUCCAACGGCUGGGGCGUCAGCGACUGCAAACACAGCGAGGACGUGGGCGUGCUGUGCAGCGAGAAGAGGAUCCCCGGCUUCAAGUUUGACAACGCCCUCAUUAAUCAAAUCGAGAACAUGAACAUCCAGGUGGAGGACAUCCGGAUCCGCGCCAUCCUGGCCACCUACCGCAAGCGGGUCCCUGUCACCGAGGGCUACGUGGAGGUGAAGGAUGAGGGCACCUGGAAACAGAUCUGUGACAAGCACUGGACCAUGAAGAACUCCCGGGUGGUCUGCGGGAUGUUCGGCUUCCCGAGCGAGAGGAAAUACAACACCAACGUCUACAAGAUGUUUGCCAGCAGAAGGAAGCAGCACUACUGGGCUUACUCCAUGGACUGCAGUGGGAACGAGGCGCACAUUUCCAGCUGCAAGCUGGGCAACCACCUGACGGGCACGGCGAAGAACAGCAGCUGUGCCAACGGGAUGCCCGCGGUCGUCAGCUGCGUGCCCGGCCGCGCCUUCGCCCCCAGCAGCCACAGCGGCUUCCGAAAGGCCUUCAGGCAGGAGCAGCCCCUGGUGAGGCUGAAGGGAGGAGCCGGCACGGGGGAAGGCCGCGUGGAGGUGCUGAGGAACGGCGAGUGGGGCACGGUGUGCGACGACAACUGGAACCUGGUGUCGGCCAGCGUGGUGUGCCGGGAGCUGGGCUUCGGCAGCGCCAAGGAGGCCAUCGCGGGAGCCAGGCUGGGCCAAGGAAUGGGUCCCAUCCACCUGAACGAGAUCGACUGCACGGGCUUCGAGAAGUCGGUGACGGACUGCAAGUUCAACACCGAGUCCCAGGGCUGCAACCACGAGGAAGAUGCUGCUGUGAGGUGCAACGUGCCGGCCAUGGGCUUCCAGAACCAGCUUCGCCUGAGCGGGGGCCGCAACCCCUACGAGGGCCGUGUGGAGGUGCUGGCCGAGCGCAACGGCACCCUGAGGUGGGGCACGGUCUGCAGCCACAACUGGGGCACCGUGGAGGCCAUGGUGGUGUGCCGGCAGCUGGGGCUGGGCUUCGCCAGCCACGCCUUCCAGGAAACGUGGUACUGGCACGGGGACGUCAGCGCCGACGACGUGGUCAUGAGCGGGGUCAAGUGCUCGGGGACAGAGAUGUCCCUGUCCCACUGCCGGCACGACGGCGCCCACGUGUCCUGCCCCAGGGGAGGGGGACGCUUCGGGGCCGGCGUGUCCUGCUCGGAGACCGCCCCCGACCUGGUGCUGAACGCGGAGCUGGUGGAGCAGACGGCCUACCUGGAGGACAGGCCCAUGUUCCUGCUGCAGUGUGCCCUGGAGGAGAACUGCCUGGCCAGCUCAGCCCACAACACCUCGCUGACCUCGGGCUACCGGCGCCUGCUGCGCUUCUCCUCGCAGAUCCACAACAACGGCCAGUCCGACUUCCGACCCAAGAACGGCCGCCACGCCUGGGUGUGGCACGACUGCCACCGGCACUACCACAGCAUGGAGGUGUUCACCCACUACGACCUCCUGAACCUCAACGGCACCAAGGUGGCCGAGGGACACAAGGCCAGCUUCUGCCUGGAGGACACCGAGUGCGAAGCAGACGUGCAGAAGCAGUACGAGUGUGCCAAUUUUGGGGAGCAGGGGAUCACAGUUGGCUGCUGGGACGUUUAUCGGCACGACAUCGACUGCCAGUGGAUCGACAUCACCGACGUCCCCCCCGGGGAUUACCUCUUCCAGGUCGUGAUCAACCCCAACUACGAGGUGGCAGAGUCGGAUUAUUCCAACAACGUGAUGAAAUGCCGGAGCCGCUACGACGGGCAGCGCAUCUGGAUGUACAACUGCCACAUAGGAUCAAUGGAAUUAGCCUGGACAAAGCUCUGUGUGGAGAGUGAUGCAUUUUGA